GAUAACUAAUGUUGGUAUAUAUAGAAAUACAUAAGAAUAUUUGUUCACAGAACAAAUUACGUAAUAAACAUGAGGGCUUUGUUUUUGAUCAGUGCCGUAUUCUUGCAUAUAUCUUUAUCUUAUGCAAACAUAUAUGAUUGGAAUUAUGGUUUUCAUCCAUAUUAUUAUCUCACACCUCCGCCAAUCUCACCAGAUAUUGUGAUUAAUCCGUAUCAGUACAACAUUGCCGGUUUCAAGGAUACAGAUUCAAAUGAACCGGGUGAACCAGCCAAACAAAAUGUCGACGAGAUGUUUUACAGCGUCUCACAGUCGUCCUACAUUUCAACCGAUGACAAUGGUGAAGUGCAUAAGAAAGGUGAAGCAACUAUUAACGACAAUGGAAAGAUUACGAAGUUCAAGUUGAGAUAAAAUUCACGGCGUUACUAAAAUUCGAAACAAUUGUAUAACAAUUGUUAUCUGAUUCAGAAUUAAAGACGCCAAAUUUAAAGAAGAGAAUUUAUUAGUUUAUAAAAUAUUUAUUGCUUUUCUGGUAAUAAAAUCACUCACACACA